CUGACAACGGUUCUAUGGGCCUAUAGGACGACCCCGAGAAACUCAACAGGCCAGUCACCAUUUCACAUGGUUUACGGAAUGGACGCACUCCUGCCUAUCGAAGUAAGCUUAGAUUCUCACAGGUCGACAUUUUAUGAGGAAAAGAAGAAGGAGGAAAUGAUCAAAGAGGCCCUCGAUAUGAUAGAAGAAGGGUGUGAGGAAGCCUGGGUACGAUCCAUGGAAUACAAGCAGAAGAUGCAUGCAGCCUUCGACAGGAAAGUCUGCACCAGACGAUUUCAGGUGGGAGAUCUCGUCCUCAAACGAGCAGAUGCUCUUAAACAU